AUGUCUGGCGCUUACCCCCCGCAUGCAGGGAAGAAGAAAGCCACGUUGACAGCAAAUGAGAUUCAGACUGAACUCAGCAACGCCGUGAAAUCAGCAACUCACACCCGGGCACCGUACAAGAAACAAGCUGUAGUGCUCAUCCAUUUUGAAGUCGAUGAUUUACACUGCGAUGGCCCCGAGAAAGAACUGGCUGAUACCUUUCGGCAAUUCUAUGGUAUCCAUAACAUUACCCAUCUCCUGCUGAUGAACAACGACCCAAUCCCACACGUUCUUGUUAAUGAAACUCUCAAUAAGUUGAUCAGGCAAGGCAAUGCCGCCAAAGACUGCCUGAUUAUCCUCUACUAUUCGGGUCAUGGACAGAUUGUGGUAGAGCAGUCGGUCUCCAAGCAUCAAGGACUGCGAUUCCAACUUAAGCUCGCAGGCGCAUACGACAAGGACACAGGGAAGCCUCUCACCCCGCUCCUAGACUGGGAAGUGGCAACUUCCAUGCUUCACGGAUCACCUUGCCAUGUCCUUCACAUCAUGGACUGCUGUUUCGCAGCCGAGUACAUGGAUUUAGAUGUAGAACUACUAGCUGCUGCAACUGAGGCAGCCGGUUCAGAUGUCGGUAGAUCCUUCACGAAAGCUCUUGUCCACGAGCUCCGUAGCCUAUCUUCUCAGCCGUUCACAAUCUCCACUCUUUACCAGAGGCUCAUGACGAACCGAAGCGCUCUGAAUCUCGAUUGCAUUCCACUCUACAACAAUUGCAAUGGUAGAGACUCGAUUACCUUGGGAAACGCAGUACACAGGCCCCAGGCUGCGGGUCCACUUCUUAAACCAGAUAGCCCACGAAUCCUACUCGCCGCAAAUGUCAGCCAUGAUGUCAAUAUGGCGGAUAUUCAAAGUUUGAAAGAUUGGCUCACUAGCCUCUUGCCUACCUCGAUCAUGGGAAUGGAAAUCAAGCUAGAAGGUGCUUGGGAUUCGUCAUCAUCAUCAUCACUUUUGCUCUUCUCUCUUCCAAUCACAGUUUGGGCCCACAUCGACCGCACCACUUCGGCAUACACCUACGUCGGCGAAGUAACUUCCAACAACAAGUUGCUGCAACAGGCUCCUACUCAGAAUCCCGCACUUGCUUUCAGAUCCCCACAGGGGCUGGAAACCCGCAAGCCAGGAGAGUCUUCUGCGCAGAACUGA